AUGACCGUCAACAGCAAUGAGGGCGAACUCUUGGUGGCUGAUGGCAACAAGGUGGCCAUCAAGGGUGUGGGAACCAUCAUGGAAAAGGUGGUUCUGCCCAACGGUGAAGAGCGUGAGAUCGAAAUCAAGAACGCGCUAUAUGUUCCAAGUAUGAGCAAGAACCUGCUCUCGGUACCACAGAUUAACAGCCAUGGCAAGUUUCAAGUCGUGUUUGACGGGUCCAAGAUGUAUGUGACUCUCAAGAACUCACAGCAAGUGGUGGCGACUGCGGAUCUCGUGGAUGGACUCUACUGGCUUCGGACGACUCAACGAUCAGCGAAUGUGACAACAAGUGGAACCAGUUGUGCCGAUCUACAUGCGAGAAUGGGUCAUGCUCCAGUCGAUGUACUUCGCAAGAUGAUCGCGACCAACAUGAUCAAGGAUGUGCGAGUCCCUCUCAAGUCGGGUGGAGCAACUACAUGUCGAGGAUGUCAACAAGGGAAAAUGGUCCAAAAACCAUUUCCAAGCAACCGAGACAAGCGCAGCUACGAUACGUUUGAGCUGCUUCUGAUGAACUUUAGACUUCUUGGUCCGAGUGCAAAACGCAAAGUGAAUAUAUAUUUAUAA